CGGGCAGCGGCGCGUAGCCGGUGGAAGAGCAGUGAAGUGUGGGGGGAGGGCGUUCCUCACGGCCGCUCCCGCCCCGCGGAUUUUUCCGCGGGGGAGGAGCGAGGAAGAUCAAAAGUCCCAUUUGACAGCGGGCGGGGCGGUGGCGGAGGGAACAGCCCCGCCGGCCGAGGAGCAGCGGGCAGGUCGUUGGUACUCAACCUGGAAACAGUUCCCUCCUUUGCGUCGGAAAUUGCAGGCGGCUUUUCUAGACGCUGACACGCACAUCCCACACAACCCGAACCCCUAAGGAAACCCCACGCGGUGGGGAGCAGCGCAGAUCGGCCAAACCCGAUAAAACUGAUGCUUUUGUACUCUCAAAGUUGGUGCAUGUGCGUCUUGGGCUUCCGCUGAAUAUACUUUUGUUGUUCUGCAAUCAACUUUUCAAUAUUCCGGAUCGGAUGUGCUAGGAGCCAGCCUCACUUCUGCAGAGAUGUUAGCAGAGACAGUGAGUGAAACAAACGGUGGAAAUGCUUUUAAAGAGGGAAUAAAUCACUCUGUUGCCUAAGGAUGAUGUGGUUGAGGUUGAGAAGCUGUGGCCUGGGCAGCCCGUCAAGGGGAAGAAAACCACAGUAGAACUUUCCCUGGCUUGGGUGCUGGUGCCAGAAAAAAAGAAUGAUUGAUGGGAAACAGACACCAGCCUGCAGACACUCAUCCUUUUUCUUCAGAUACUGAUUUAUCAGUGUGUCUGGACAUCCCCUGCAAGCCCUGAACACGGAGGAUCACUCAGGGUUAUUGACAGUGUAGUGGAAGACCUGCAGCUUCACAAAUUAUUAUCUGCUAUUGGACAUCUUUUACAAGAAGCCCUGACAGAUAAGUUAUAAAACAAAGGACAAUCACUGUGUUGCUGCGAAAGGUGUUGUCAUCGCGGUCUGGGUGGCUUCUACCAAAGUCUUCAACUUAGUGAAGCAAACACCUGAUCCUAAUGCUUCAUGCUUGAGUUGGAACCUAUUUUAUGAAAUAUAUACAUGUAUAUGUAAACGUAUGUAUCAUCUAUAGACCGCACAAACGCCGGUACUGAACAUCCUUACAAAGGUGACCUAAAAGGAUUUAGAAAUGUAUUUGUCAAGAUUCCUGUCACUUCACGCCCUCUGGGUUACUGUAUCCUCCGUGAUGCAGCACUACCCUUCCGUGUGGGGACACUAUGACGUGUGUAAGACUCAGAUUUACACAGAAGAAGGAAAAGUAUGGGAUUACAUGGCCUGCCAGCCGGAAGCCAGGGACAUGAUCAAAUACGUAAAAGUGACUCUGGAUCCCCCAGACAUAACAUGUGGAGAUCCUCCUGAGACUUUCUGUGCAAUGGGGAAUCCGUACAUGUGCAAUAAUGAAUGUGAUGCAAGUACCCAAGAACUGGCUCAUCCUCCAGAACUGAUGUUCGAUCUCGAGGGAAGACAUCCCUCCACAUUUUGGCAGUCCACAACUUGGAAGGAUUAUCCAAAGCCUCUUCAUGUGAAUAUUACGCUCUCCUGGAACAAAACCAUUGAGCUUACAGAUAACAUAGUUAUCACUUUUGAAUCUGGCCGUCCAGACCAAAUGAUCCUGGAGAAAUCACUUGACUAUGGACGAACAUGGCAGCCCUACCAAUAUUAUGCCACAGACUGCUUAGAUGCUUUCCACAUGGAUCCAAAAUCAGUGAGGGAUUUAUCACAGCACACGGUCCUAGAAAUCAUUUGCACAGAAGAAUACUCUACUGGGUACAUGACAAAUAGUAAAAUAAUCCACUUUGAAAUCAAAGAUAGAUUUGCUUUUUUUGCUGGACCUCGGCUUCAUAAUAUGGCUUCUCUUUAUGGCCAGCUUGACACAACCAAGAAGUUAAGAGAUUUCUUUACCAUCACAGAUCUGAGAAUAAGACUGCUCAGGCCAGCAACUGGAGAAAUAUAUGUAGAUGAGCAACACCUGGCACGCUACUUUUAUGCAAUUUCAGACAUAAGAGUAUACGGAAGGUGUAAGUGCAACCUUCAUGCUACUGGCUGUAAAGAAGAAAACAAAAGACUACUUUGUGAAUGUGAACAUAACACAACUGGCCCAGACUGUGGAAAAUGCAAGAAGAAUUAUCAGGGCCGACCAUGGAGUCCUGGUUCUUAUCUGCCUAUACCUAAGGGCACUGCUAAUAUCUGUAUACCCAGUAUUUCCAGUAUUGGUAACUGUGAAUGCUUCGGGCACUCCAACCGGUGCAGUUACAUCGAGCUGCUCAAUACGGUCAUUUGCGUGAGCUGUAAGCACAACACUAGAGGUCAGCACUGUGAGUUAUGCAGGCUGGGCUACUUCAGAAAUGCUUCUGCAGAGCUGGACGAUGAAAAUGUGUGCAUAGACUGUUAUUGUAACCCUUUUGGUUCAGUCCAUGAUCGCUGUAAUGACAGAGGAUUUUGUGAGUGUAAGGAGGGAACAUCAGGGCCCAAAUGUGAUAAAUGUCUGCCGGGAUAUAUCUGGCACAGCUUGGGCUGUCAACCAAAUGUAUGUGACAAUGAACUACUGCAUUGCCAGAAUGGAGGAACAUGCAUCAACAAUGUGCGAUGCCAGUGCCCUCCAGCUUACACUGGCAUUUUAUGCGAGAAGUUGAAGUGCGAAAGGGAUCCAGGAGGCUGCAGCCAAAACUCCGGCCAGGGGGCAAUAUCACACAGGCCUCUAUUACUGCUGACUGCUCUACUAGGUGCAACUGGGCUUUGCAUAUGCUAGACUCCGUAUGGUUGAUGGCAUCACAUUCAGACUACUCCAAAUGAAUGUGCCACAUGAAAACAAAACAAAAUCCAAGCGUUUGCUACUGAAAUUCAAAAAGGAAAAAAGAGAGGAAAAAACAACCACAUACAAACUAAGAAGGCCUAACUGAACUAAGCCAUAUUAAUCAGUUACGGACAGGGCUAUGGGUCAAGACUGUUCACCUCUGGCGCAAGACAAGUUGGUGGCUGCCUAUUCUGUCAAAUCAAUGCCAGCUGCAAAGCUUACACAGGACUGAGACACCUUUGACAGCCCCCAGGAUGGGAAUCGGAGCUAAAAAACAUUUGCUACUCCUGUAUGGUGCACGACUGUACCUCUGCCCAGUAUGUGGACCAACCAAAUAAAGGCAUUCUUUGCUGUCAGUGCAUUGUGGGUAUAAGGAAAUCUGUAAAAGCUGCCAUAUUGGCCUGCUUCAGUCCCCAAAACCUUUCCAACCUGUGCUUUAGUGAACGUUGCUCUGUAACCCUUGUUGGUUGAAAGAUUUCUUUGUCUGAUGUUAGUGAUGCACAUGUGUAACAGCCCCUUCAAUAAAAUUCAAGCCAGUCAUAUCCUUGUAUACCUUAGCAGCACUGCAUCAGUAAGAUGCUGUGUUCACAUACUGUACAAGAGUGACUAUAGGACAAAAAGUGUAUUUAUCCUUUUGUAUUCAAAUGAAGUUAUUUUUCUUGAAAUAAUGUACAAUGUAGAUUUUUUGUAUUAUUGCCUAUUUGUGUUACCAGACAAUUUGUUAAUGUAUUUAACUCUAAUCAGAUAAGAGAAAAAUAUUACUUUUUAUUUAGUCCUUUUCUUUUUCCUUUCGUUUAAUUGCGCAGAGAUUUCUCUGUAUGGGCAACGUGCUGGCAUCAAAGAAUAUCAGUUUACAUAUAUAACAAGCAUAAUAAGAUUCCACCAAAGGACAUUCUAAAUGUUUUCUUGUUGCUUUAACACUGGAAGAUUUCAAAGAAUAAAAAAUUCCUGCAUAAACAGUUCCAGGAUGAUGUAUUGCUAUUUCUUAAGGCCUUUUUAGCAAACAAAAAAAAUUUGAUCCUUUUUCCACCUAAAAAAUAGAUUCAACAGUAGAUAUUCUAUCAUAGCAUUCUAACCUGGUUUCGGUUUUACUACUGUCAUUAUUUUUGCAAACAAUUUUAAAGGUAAAGAGAGUCGUUUGUUAAAGGAAUAUUUUGUCAAGUCCCAAGCUUGGAAAACAUAUAAAAAGUUUAAUAGUUCUCACCUUUGUUCUCUCAAUUCAUUGCAGAAAUUAUUCUGAGUCUAAUUUACAGUGUAUUACAGAAUCUAGUCUUUAAUUCAUUCCAUUUUUGUGGGUUCUGGCAGUAAUGAAGUAGAUAUAGUCGCAGCUUAUAUUGUUUUUCCAAAAGCUUCAUUAAAAUAUGUUUAUAUAUGUACAAGUCUGCCUAAGAAACUGCAAAACCAGGAGCAAUUACCAAAAAAAAAAAAAAAGGCCAAGAUUUAACUUUUAAUAAAGUCAAAUUUAAUAUUUAGAAGAAUGUCAAAAUAUACAGCAGCAAGUAGAUAAAAAGUGCUGCUCCAGCAAAUAAAGUUUGUUUCAAGUAUUGCCCAAGGUGUAAUAAUUUCUUGUUUCUGCCUUUUCUUGGGCCAAUUACUGAGUGUGACAGAAAAGGGUAGAAAGAACAGAGAGGCAAGCCAAAACCACAGCAAUGUUUCAAAGCCCUGAGAAAAAAAUAUAAAGUUAAAAGGUAAAGAAUGCAAAUUCACUUUCUGGCAAUUUUCAUCAUAAUGGCUAUAAAUAUUUUACCAACAUAAUAGCCUGGUGUGGAAAACAAUGAGCAAAAGAAAAGUUCCUGGGAGAAAUAAAUCCCACCUGGCUGCCUCUUCCAAACGGUGAACAGAAUUUGGGGCACUGCGUUUUCGGGUAAGCUCUUUUUGCUGAGGAAGCAAGUCUUGCAGGACAGUACCCAGCUUACAGAAACAUGUAUGCAAAUCAAGUCUUCAUUCCUAAAAGAAUCCGAUGUUGAAGACAACAAUAGGCUGGUGCUUGUUCAGGUUGUUAUCUUGGCCCUUCACGUAGGAUGUUUACUAUUCAUACUGCCACUCUCGGCGGACGAAAUAAGAUAAAGCAAAGAUAAAUAAGGAGUUUGUUUGUCAGCCAUGUCCUACAUGAGGCUGUGGAUAUAUAUUAGAAGGAUGGCCAUGACAAAACCCAGAAAUUAUAUUGCAGACUCAAUAAGAAAUAUAAAUGUUAAUACAGGUGACAAGCAGAGCCAGAGAUUUCCUAUAAUUAAGUGGAUUUCUAAUAUUAAAAUGUGGUAUUUAGGGUUUUUUUUAAAGUUAUUACCACAGACCAAAUUCAGACUGUGCAAUUAUUGGGAAAAGAUGCACUUUAAUUGUCAUUAUAAACUCUGGGCUUUGUGAAAGUGCUAAGAAAACAUGUUAUGCACGUCUGGUUAGAAGGGAUUCUGCCAUCAGUGCUGAAGUAUAAUGAAUAUCAGAUCUCAAUCAAUUCAGCUGCAUUCCAAUUUCAUAAACUUAUGACCUUCUAAACCAGGGCAGAGUAUAUGACUUUCCAUGUAUUUAGCUACCAUUCUGUGCAUUUUAACUCUCCCUCACCUAUUAACAACAUUACAAUUUUAUAGCGGAGUACA